GAUUCUUAUGAGAGAAAGGCUCACCAAGUGCUCGAUAUCUAUAGAGCCUUUAAAACAGACAUUGCAAAUUUUAAUGUGAAAGUCGCAGAAGUAAAUGCGAACCAUCAAACCGUAAAAGAAUUAUUGGAAUGGAAUGAUAAAUAUGAUGCGCUUGUAGAUCAAUUGGAAGUUACCUCUGUAAAAUUUAUUG